GGCACGGGGAUAGCUAUACUUCACACUCUCAGAACAUCAGAGACGGCUGGGCAGAAAUACUGAUAGGAUGGAGAAAGCAAUGAUCCUUGUUUGUGUGCUGGUCCUUGGGUGGACCUGGACCCUGCAGGGGGUCCCUGCACCGGGGGACAUUGAUCAGGUGGCUCCUGCAGUCGUGGAGGAUCGUAGUGUUAAUUCUCUGUUCAACAGAACAGAGGUCUGUGAAGCAGCACCGGAAAAAGGGCUUUGUUUGGCGUAUAUACCGCGUUACUUCUACAACUCCUCCUCAAUGAGCUGUGAGGUCUUUAUCUAUGGAGGGUGUCGGGGAAACCUGAACAACUUUGAAAAUGAGACACAGUGCAUGCAGAGAUGUCAGACCGAAGGAACAGGACAACCAAGACAAACUGGAAAAGUCUGUGAAGCAGCACCAGAAACAGGUCCAUGUAAGGCAUUUGUUCAACGUCACUUCUAUAACUCCUCCUCAAUGAGCUGCGAGGACUUCAUCUAUGGAGGAUGUGGGGGCAACCUGAACAACUUUAAAAAUGAGGAAGAGUGUAUGCAGAAAUGUCAGACUUAAGGAACAGGACAAACAGGACAAGAUGACUGAUUGAUGAUUUUGUGUCGACAUUCACAGAAUAUGUGAAAUUAUAUCACAACAGGUCACCAAUAAAACUUACUACUCCAUUUA